GGUGUACGCGCGCCUGAGCACGUCCACCCUUUAUUUGGUCAGCGGAAAUGUAACUACGCUGCUUACGACAUGAGGCGAGUAACCCCGAAGCCCCUUUAAACGGGAAAUUUUCGCCUGCGCUUUUUGCGCAAGGAGAGCUUCCAAAGAAGUAUGAGUAAGAGCGCGACGUGCCUUCUAUACUUGUAGUGUAUACCUCUUUCUAUAAAAGCGCACAGGGGGAGGGAGGACUUAACUUUUCUCAUAGCAGAGUCGGACAGCAUUGUUUCACUGGAUCCACAAAGGCUCGCAUCACAUAACGGUUUUUCUGCUGGCAUCUUACACAGAAGUGUGUGUCCAUAAGGAGCCAGCUCAUUGUCAGAAGCUUCCUGGUCUGAAGUGGUUUUCUUGUUAACAUCUUCUAACAAGCAGCAAAGAUGGAGCGGAUGGAGAAUCAGAAUCCAAAGAAGAAGAUUACUCCUUACCUUCUCUACUGUGUUUUAACAGCAGUCAUUGGUUCGCUACAGUUUGGCUACAACACUGGGGUCAUCAAUGCACCAGAGCAGAAACUUCGAAGGUUUUUCAAUACGUCAUCGGAGCGGUACGGGGAACAUUUCAGUGAAGGAACGAUAACUAUGUUGUGGAGUUUUGCUGUGGCCAUCUUCAGUGUGGGAGGCAUGAUCGGGUCCUUCUCUGUCGGAGCCAUGGUCAACAAAUUUGGCAGGCGUAAGUCCAUGCUGCUGUCUAAUGCCCUUGCUCUACUCGGCGGUAGUCUGAUGGGAUUUUCAGCUCUGUGUCAGUCCUUUGAGAUGAUUAUUAUUGGCCGUUUGGUCAUCGGUGUGUUCUGUGGUCUAUGCACGGGGUUGACACCCAUGUACCUGGGUGAGAUCUCGCCCACCGCUGUCCGAGGAGCCUUCGGCACACUGCAUCAGCUGGGUGUAGUUAUUGGCAUCCUGGUGGCACAGAUCUUUGGUCUGGAGUUUCUGCUGGGCUCAGACACUCUAUGGCCUCUGCUGCUGGCUCUGACCAUCCUGCCUGCCAUAUUACAGAGCAUCAUGUUGCCUUUCUGCCCUGAAAGCCCCCGUUACCUGAUCAUUGUCCUCAAUCGGGAGGAGGAAGCAAGAAAAGCACUGGUGCGCCUGCGUGGCAGUGAAGAUGUGGAUGAUGAUAUUCAAGAGAUGAAGGAAGAAGGGAUGAAGAUGGCCAUGGAAAAAAAAGUGACCAUCCUUGAACUUUUCCGGUCCCCAAAUUACCGUCAACCAAUCAUUAUUGCUAUCAUCCUCCAGCUCUCUCAACAACUGUCUGGCAUCAACGCUGUCUUUUACUACUCCACGAGCAUAUUUGAAAAAGCUGGUGUAACUCAACCCGUUUAUGCCACCAUAGGAGCUGGAGUUGUCAACACUGUGUUUACUGUUGUCUCUCUGUUCCUGGUUGAACGGGCAGGGCGAAGGACAUUGCAUAUGACUGGACUGGCUGGAAUGGCCAUUUGUGCCCUCAUUAUGACUAUCUCGCUUGCAUUAGUGGACACCAACCAGUCUCUAAGCUACCUGGCCAUUGUAGCUGUGUUUGGCUUUGUUGCCAGUUUUGAGAUGGGUCCAGGUCCCAUCCCCUGGUUCAUUGUGGCUGAGCUCUUCUCCCAGGGGCCCCGACCUGCUGCCAUGGCCGUCUCUGGUUUCUCCAAUUGGGCCGCCAACUUCCUGGUUGGGUUGAGUUUCCCUAAACUGCAGGAACUCUGUGGUUCAUACGUCUUCAUCAUCUUCAUGGUCCUCCUCAUCCUGUUCUUCAUCUUCACCUUCUUGCGAGUGCCAGAAACCAGAGGAAGAACCUUUGAUGACAUUGCUCAGGGAUUUGCUGACAGUGCCAGAAAUCCCAACCACUCCACUGUCCCUGAGAAGGUGAUCAUCGACUCGUCAGACAGCAAAAAUCCUCCACCUAUGUCCCCCACAGAAAAGGUUCCCAUGGUGGAUCUUCCUCCACAGAAACUAUGAGUAUCUUUAGAGAAAAGAAGUAAGAAUCAGGGUACAAGACAGACAAAACAGUCACAGCUGUGUGUUAAUGUAGGUGUAGGAUUUUAGUUUAUUUAAUAUAUGUUUUUAGUGUGUCUUUUAAAAAAAUUAAAUAGUGUUUUUUGAAAGAUUCCCUGCCAUAAUAAUUGAGAGAAUUUCUUGUAAUCCUGCUCUAAACAUGGGCCAAACUUAACUGAAUCAGUGCUUAAUUUUUGUUGACAUUCCCAGUGCCAGCUCUGCGUUUAAGAGGCUCAGCAUAUGUUCAGUGCUGAGCCCCAGGUCUUCAACAACCCCUAGUGUUAAAAGGUUGCAGGAUUUAGGGUUUUGAGUAUUGAGGUCAUACUUAAAGAGCAGCUUGGGAGCAUGUAAUCCUGACCCAGAAAAAGACUGUCUGAUGUGCUACACUGCCAGAGGACAGGAGGAAUUGUUUUCUUAUGCAGACAGAAUAAACACAGGGGAUGUGCUGCAGCACUCCCGCUCCUCUUCAGGUGUGUAAAAUGUAUUUAUAUAAUUUAGGCAUAUUUAAGAAAGUUAUUUCACAAGAUUGUAUGUAAGAGAUUGAGUUGUAGUCUAUCACUGUCAGUCUCUUAUGGCUUCACUCCACCAGGAUGACAAAAACGGUUGUAUUCAUUUAAAGUAUGGAUUACAGCAGUUAGAGACAAAAACUCAGGGGGUUAAUUGUGUUACUGUACUGUACAUGGCUUCAAACCGUUAAAGAAAAUACAUUUAUUCAUCACUGUACAAACUCAUUUGUAUCAGCAUGUAGCUACAAGUUAAUGGAUCAUAGACCAUGAACUAAAAUACAAUCUCUAAAACAGUGUUACAUCAAAUUAAAAGUCUGUCAGUGUUAGGCAGUCAGCUGAGGGAUGUACCGCAGUACAUUUGAGUCUACUGAUAAUUAACCAACAAUGUUUCAAUCAAAACAAGAUGCAGUGAUACUGAAUAAAAACACUAAAUUAAAUGUAUUUAUUUCAAUGGUUUAUGCACAGAAGUGUUUUAUUAUAUAUAUUUGUUUAGAACUGUCUGAAAUGAUGUGUAUAUAUUGUUAGUUGCAUUGUGAUCCGCUGUUAUAGCAUAAUAUACGUGCUUCUAAAUGUCAUGUCAGUAUUUGUACAGUCGCAUCUUGUCGAUGUGUGCACAUGCAUGAAGAAGCACUUCUUCUCUAAGCUUAGCAGUGUUUUGUUUGCAUUUUGGCAUUUGCCUUACUUCUUAAUGAUUGUUUCUACUGUACAUACGCAUGUGUUAGGAUAUGUGUGGUUUUACUUGUUUUAUUAGUUUCUAACUUACACCCUCUCUGAUUUGUUUUGCCCACUGCUAAUACUGUUAGUGUGAUAAGUGCCAUGAUGUUACUUGCCAUUCUCCAUAAUAGACACAUCUUGAAUGUAUAUAUUUUGCUCUCUUAGUGGUGUGAAAAGUUUGGAAGGUUGAGUGUGUGAGAGUCAUGUAAGAGUUGACCUUUACUGGUUUUCUAUUACAAUGUCAUCUCUUCUCCUGCAGUAAUAAUAUGAGUGUCACUUGGGUGAUAAAGUAAAAAGAAAAUAAAGUUGUCCAUCAUGUGAGGGAAUGUGUGACUUGAAUUCUGAACAUAAAAAGGCUGUCUUUUUGUGCCUGUGAUGCCAUAAGUCAAAGCAAGUUUGUUGUUGUGAAUAUUUAAUGUAACUGCAGCGUCUGUGCUGAAGUGGAAGUGUGAGAGGUUUGUCUGGUGUUUGGUCUGGUAUCCACUUCUGCACUGUGGAAACUCCAUUUCAUUUUAUGCACCAUGGCAACACCUCCGUUAAUUGUGCAGUUACAGUACACACUGUGGACUGUGGUGCUAAACAGCACUUUGA